GCUGGGCAUGCUGGGAAAUCUUUCCUUUCUCUCUGCGGCCAUUUUUGACGUGCAAGUUCGGGUGGCCAGAACGCACUGAACCGCGAAAAUGGUGGCCGCCAAGAAAACGAAAAAGUCUCUGGAGUCCAUCAACUCCCGGCUCCAGCUGGUGAUGAAGAGCGGUAAAUAUGUGCUGGGGUACAAACAGACUCUGAAGAUGAUCCGCCAGGGCAAAGCCAAGCUGGUCAUCCUAGCCAACAACUGCCCCGCCCUCAGGAAAUCAGAGAUUGAGUACUAUGCCAUGUUGGCCAAGACUGGCGUCCAUCAUUACAGUGGAAACAACAUUGAACUUGGCACAGCCUGUGGUAAAUACUACAGAGUAUGCACACUGGCUAUCAUCGACCCUGGUGACUCCGACAUCAUCAGAAGUAUGCCAGAGCAGCAGGGCGAGAAGUAAAGUCACCUUUUCCCAAAUUGUUAUAAAUAAAACCAGUGGAAAGAAACUUU